UAUAAAUUAAUUAGAAUUGAUGGGUAAUUGCACAAAAAUGUGCUAUGUAAAUGAAGAAGUGUAUUAAAUAAGUCGUAAUGAAGAAUUCUUAAUAGAUAUUGGGUUUAAAAACGAUGAGAUCUAAUAGCCUUCAACAUAAACAAGAUAAAAAGAAAAUAAAGAAGACUAAUAUUCAUAAUGUUCAAAUAGAAGUGUCCUUCCUCACAUAAUAAUGAGUUCUGAUGAAAAAAUAGUAGACUAAACUAUAUAUUCAACUAUUCCAGUAAAAUUACCUAGAAUAAUGAUGGAAGGAGGUUCAUACUAUGAAGGAGAAUGGAUGUAAGGAAAAAGAUGGGGCUAAGGUGAACAAAAGUGGCCAGAUGGGUACAAACUUAUUUUAUUAGAGUUAUUAGGUCAAUUUAUUAAGGAGAAUGGAAGAACAAUUAAGCUAACGGGUAUGGAAUUUUGAUUCACCCUGAUGGAGAUCUUUAUAAAGGUGAGUGGUUGAAUGAUUAAGCAUCUGGAAAAGGAGUUUAUAUAAAUUAUUUAUCAGCAUAAUAUGAUGGUGAUUGGAUAGAAGAUAAAUAGCAUGGUUAUGGAGUAGAGAAAUGGCCUGAUGGAUCAGUUUUUGAAGGUAGUUAUUAUUUAUUUUUAAAAUUAGGUUAUUAUAAAGAAGGUUAAAAAGAGGGAUUUGGUAAACUUACAUAUCCGGAUGGAUCUCGAUAUGAAGGAAAUUUUUUAAUGAAUAAUUUACAUGGUACAGGGAAAUAUUUUUGGCCAGAUGGAAGAAUAUAUGAUGGUUAAUGGGUUGCAAAUCAAAUGGAAGGAAACGGUACAAUGACAUAUAUUGAUGGUAUAACAAAUUUAUUAGUUAGGAAAAUAGUAUAUUGGUGAAUAUAAAUAGGGAUAAAAGCAUGGUUUAGGAACUUAUAUAUGGGAAGAUGGUCACAAAUAUAUAGGAGAAUGGGAGAUGGAUAAAUAACAUGGAGUUGGAGAAUAUUUCUUUAUUAAUGGAACUUCAUAAAAAGGAGUUUGGUAAAAUGGGAAAAGAAUUAAGUGGGAAUGA